UACCUGUUUAAUUAUGAAUCAGUAUUAAAAGUCAGAGUGCGGUGGUUCGACUGUGAGGCAGGAGUUCAGAUAUUAGUUACGUUUUGUUAGCUAGUUAACGUUAGCAUCAUGCUUUCAGGUACUACGCAUGACAUGUCUUAUUACUAACGUUAGCUGUCUUUGCUAGCAGUACAGACGGUCUUAUUUUGUUAUAUGAGUUGCGUACAAUUUAAUUCCUAUAAAGUAACAUGUUCGGUCAUUGGAGGGAAAUACAUUGACCCAAAACUCAGACACAGAAUUGUUUUAAAUAUAAAAAUAUAACGAAGUGCAUUAACUCAAAUUCAGUACUUACAGUCCAAAUCUUAGAGCUUGUGGACAAAUGUAUCGGCUCCCGAAUUCACAUCGUCAUGAAAACCGACAAAGAAAUCGUCGGCACCCUGCUCGGUUUCGACGACUUUGUCAAUAUGGUCCUGGAAGAUGUGACAGAAUUUGAAAUCACACCAGAAGGAAGGAGGAUAACCAAACUGGACCAGAUCCUCCUCAACGGCAACAACAUCACCAUGCUCAUACCUGGAGGAGAAGGUCCUGAAGUAUGAGAUCACUGAAGGCUGAGGACUGAUGCCUUUACUUUAUGUUCCUUAGUUGACUAUCGUUAUUGUUGCAUUUGGAUCAUUCCCUCUUGAUCUGGAGUUAGGAAAAUAUUUUUGUAAGAUUCUUAAUUGAGUAUUUGUUAUAAAGAAAGUUAAAUUAGAAGUGUAUCAUGAAUCACACGCGACAAACUGUUUUUCUUUUUACAAAUAAAUGCAAAUCGCACAGUUUGAAAAAAA